GGGUUGCUAUUGAUCAUCGCAAUGACAUAUUGAUUUCGAGCAUUAUUGUUGUCAAAGGCAAUCGUGCCUGCAACCAGCACACCUGUAAAGUCACAGAAGUGCCUGCCCGUAGUAAUCGCCACAGCAAAAGGCAGAUGACGCACAACCGAGCAUCAGUCAACGUGAAUGCGAAUUAUCAUUCUAUACACGAAACUGUUUCGCCAUAGAGAUUCACAGUCCGGUCUGCGAUAUGCUGAUGCAACCUAGUGAGCAACUGAAUCGCGAGCUUCUUCUCCAACCUGCUGCAUUCGAGAAUCGCUUUAAUCAUGCCGCGGACUGCUAUCUACGUCGAGUACUUUUCAGAUCGCUCGCCGCAAAUCGUGACGACUACCUGAAGUUCUUCUUUCCCACCGGCCCACCAAGCGACAACUCAAAACCAUGGUCUCUUCGCGAAGUGCAGGGAGCGACGGACGGCGCUGAAUAUUCCGAGGGCGCUCGAGGGACAGCCUGCGGACACAUCUUCAAAAAUGGCGAGAGCAGCUAUGUCUGUAAAACAUGUGCAGCCGACGACACGUGUGUCUUAUGCGCGCGAUGUUUCGAUAGCAGUGAUCACGAUGGGCACAUGGUCCUGAUUCAGGUCUCGCCGGGGAAUAGCGGGUGCUGCGACUGUGGAGACAAGGAAGCCUGGAAAAGAGAAGUUCGUUGUUCGAUACAUACAUUGGGUUAUGGGCACGACGAUGCACAUGUUGGAAACAAUGGCCACGGCAAGCAGAAUGAAGCCUUGGCAGGGCCACGUCUUCCAGAUGAUCUGGUCCAAGCGAUGCAGGCCACAUUAUCAAGAUGCAUAGACUACUUAUGUGAUGUCUUCUCAUGCUCGCCAGAGCAGAUGAGAGACCCAAAAACUGAAGCAAGUAUACGAAAAGAUGAGCUUAACGCUCGCCUGUCCCAGGCAAUCUAUGGCGAAGAAGAGAUCGAAGAGGAGCCUGAGUUUGCCUUGAUACUCUGGAAUGAUGAGAAACAUACCAUGGACGAGGUUAUGGACCAAGUCGCGAAGGCGUGCAAAGUCACCAGAAAGGCGGGAUUGAUGAAGGCCAGGGAGGUCGAUGGUGUCGGACGCUCCAUUAUCCACUAUUCGAGGGACCUCAAGACGCUUUUGGACAUGGCCGCGAUCAUCGAACAGAUCAAAGUCACUGUCACUAUACGGUCAUCGCGCGAUACGUUUCGAGAACAAAUGUGUGCCACGAUCAUUGAUUGGAUCGCGGAUAUCGCCGGUUGCGCCAUCGGCAAUGAACCGCAUCUACUCAGAAAUCUCGUGUGUGAGGAGCUAUUACGUCCGUGGAAUGCUGGCAGCAGUGCCGAACAUAAACUCGUCGGUGAGGCUGGACUUUUUGAUCAUGAAGACGAAGAACGAGCUCAAGUCCGAGCACGAGCGGCAGAGCUCCGUGCCAUUUUUCAACAGCAGGGUGGACUUAUUGAAUUGAGAGAACGGCAGGGUCAAACAGUCCCCGUCGACACCGAGAACGGUGACGAAGUCGAAAUUGAAGUCGAAGUGAUUGGAGAGCAAGAAACCGAGAUGACAGGCUUAGACGACGUUGACGUUUCAGAGAUGAUGAUGCCCAUGGACGUUGACGACGAAGCCCAACAAAUGCCCAUAAUGAUGCCUAUCGUUGACACUGAUAUGGAACUCGAUAUUGAUUUUGUUGAUGGCGAUGAUGAGGCGCUGCAGCCUACCAUGACGAACUUCAAUCUUGCACCACCGCCGCCACCACCGCCGCCACCAACUCAUGCUCAACGCGAGCCGCAAACUCAGCAGACAAGAGGCCUACGCUCUGCAGGUGCAUGGGCGGCCGAGGCACAAAUCUCUCGUCGGACGGUUGAUCACCCAUUUCCCGGCAUUCCAGCAACGCCUAACAUCAAAGUGGCCGACGAGACGGUUCCGAGCGAGCAUUGGCUUGAAAUCCCAGAAGGCUAUCGGCGCAUAGAAUCAAAAGAGCCAUAUGAAGAUAUCUGGCAGCGUGUGCGGCUGGAUUAUCUGGUCUUCUAUGAUCUCAGAAUGUGGAAAAAUUUGCGCAUUGAUUUACGCCAUCUGUACAUCACAACCGUGGUGACCAUCCCGAAAUACAAGGCAGUCCUUGGGAUUCGAUUCGCCGGGCUGUACACAGCGCUCGCACAACUCUAUCUGAUUGCAGAUAGGGAGCCUGACCACUCUAUCAUCAACCUGAGCCUACAGAUAUUGACCACGCCUACCAUCACAGCCGAUGUCGUGGAACGCGGUAACUUCUUAACUAACCUCAUGGCCAUAUUGUACACAUUCCUGACUACUAGACAAGUCGGUUUCCCCGAAAAAGUCAACCCCAACGCAACUUUGGCGCUUGAGUCCGGUGUCGUGACUAAUCGUCGCAUGUUCCAUUUUUUAGCCGAUCUGCGCUUCAUGUUCCAGUCCGAUUUCAUCCACCGAAAACUUCGCGAAGAGCAAAGCUAUCUCCUUCAAUUUCUGGACUUGGUGAAGCUUCAUCAAGGCGCAUGUCCGAAUGUGCGAGCUAUGGGCGAGCAUGUCGAAUAUGAGUCCGAAGCAUGGAUUAACACGAGUGCCAUAGUGCAACACAUGAACAAACUUUGCAAGCAAGUGGCUGCCUCUUUCGAGCCUGGACGGUAUGGUGAUGAUAAUAUGGCAGAUUUGCAAAGAGCGAUUCGCACCGUGGCGCAAGUGACUCUGAUCAAUGCGUAUGGCUGUGAGCGCACGCGCUUUACUAGCGCCGAGUUGAAGCAUGAUCUGACCUGGCACUCAAUCGGGCCAUUUCCACGCGCAGACCAUAUUUACAAAGUCCCGAAAUAUGUCGUGCAAUCCGAACCCAUGAGCUUUCAUCACCCUUUGCACUACUUACUAUCGUGGCUGAUCGAAGACGCCAGGACACUCUCACGAGGGGACAUGCGGAGCCUACUACAAUUCUCGACUUCGGAUCUUGUCGACCCCUGGAAUUCGACUCGAGUACCAGCUCCUGCCAUAUCGCUAUCGUUCGACGAGCUUUUAAGCGCCGUUUUUGACCCACCGCUUCGUGUUUGUGUAUGGCUUGCACAAAUGAAGACUUCAAUGUGGGUCAGAAACGGAAUCACUCUUCGCCACCAGGCUCAUCAAUAUCGGAGUGUCACGCAACGGGACGUGGGCUUCCAGCGGGACAUUAUCAUGAUCCAGACUGGUCUAGUCCUUUGCGGAAGCAAGGGAGAGCGAAUCGGAGAACGCUUUCUUGCUCAGAUGAUCGAUCGCUUCCAAAUGACCGCUUGGUUCAGCGAGGAUUUCAGUCUUGUUCCAGGCUUCGAGGAACAACAGCAACUUGAUGUGGUGGAGGACUUUCUGCAUUUGCUUGUGAUCGCAUUGAGUGAGCGUGGUAAUCUUUUGACUGGCCUCGACGAGCGUGCACUUCAUGAUCGAAUUCUACAGCACGACAUCGCUCAUGCACUGUGCUUCAAGCCGCUGUCGUUCAGCGAACUAGGGAGCAGAGUGACGGAGAAGGUCGGCGAAUCAGAUGACUUUAACCGCGUGCUCGAGAGCAUGACCAAAUAUCGUGCCCCAGAGGGCCUUUCUGACACUGGCACAUUUGAGCUCAUUGCUGAUCACGUCGAGCUCGUCGACCCCUAUUAUGCUCAUUAUUCGCGAAAUCAGAGAGAAGAGGCUGAGAUGAUUUACAAGAAACACAUGGCUCGCAAAACCGGAAAGAAUGUCGAUAACGUGGUUUACGAACCCAAACUGGCGCGUAUCGAAACCGGCAUUUUCUCACAUCUCUCGGCCUUUACACGGACGCCGCUUUUCUGUCAAAUAAUUGCGGCUGCCAUUACCUUCGCUCGAGAUGCCGUGAAGGGCACAGACAAAGUACCUUCGACUCGGAUCGAAACAUUUCUGCACACCACCUUACAUCUGCUCCACGUAGCACUGAUGGAGGACCGAGAGGAACCAGAAGGAAGCUUUACGCAUUUUGCCACUCUUGAAAGGCCAACUGCGCCGUCGCUCAUGAAGUUACUAUUUGAUCUUAAUGCAAGUGCACAAUUCCCGUCAUGUCAGCCAGCGAUCUUACAUGUACUUCGGAAAAUGCAACUUGAGCCGAGCAGCGACCCAGCGUUAGCAAACCUUGCCGCUAAACUCGAUCGUGGCGAGACUUCUUCACCGUCAAUGCCUUCCGGCGAGGACAAGGAAAAGAAAAGGAUGGAAGCCAAGGCACGCCAAGCUCGAAUAAUGGCGCAAAUGAAACAGCAACAGGAAAGCUUCCUGCAACAUCAGGGUCUUGCGGGCUUCGAAGAGGAGUCCGCCGAUUACGACGAUGACAUGAAUGAUGCUAUGGGCGCAGACGCUACCGAUGAACGUAGAACAUGGAAUUUUCCUACCGGAACCUGCAUACUAUGUCAGGAGGAAACGGAUGAUCAACGCCUCUACGGUGUUUUCGAGCAUAUUGGUCAGAGCAGCAUUCUGCGGUCGACUCCGCUCCACGAUCAUGACUUUGUAAAAGAGGUGAUCGAAACACCAGUGAGUCUCGAUCGAUCUGCUGAGAGCAUCCGCCCAUUUGGCGUCUCCGGCGAGAAUCGAAAAGAAGUUCACAAAAUUGCAUCCGAUGGAACAAUGUCUGUCUACGAGCGGCAGGAUCUGUCCAAAGGGUUUCCUCAUGAAUCCAGUUCCCCCAAUCCAGUUGGUACAAGCUGUGGGCACAUGAUGCAUUUCCACUGCUUUGAGCUUUACAGCGCAGCCACAUCACGCCGUCAUCAGCAGCAGAUAUCUCGAAACCAUCCCGAGCGACCCGAAGAGCCCUAUGAGUUCGUCUGCCCGCUGUGUAAAGCUUUGGGAAACAUGUUCUUGCCCAUCGCGUGGAGGACGAAGGAAUGCGCUCACGAACAUGAGCUCCACGCCGCGCAGGAAUUUGGUGCAUGGCUAGCUGAAAUGUCCAGCGACAGCGACGACGAAGGUCAAUUACAUCGAGAUAAGGUCCCGUUUUUCCACGAGACAGGGGGACUUUUCCAGAGUGCCAGCACUUUUGCACCUAACUCACGAGAGUUGGACGAAUCCCAAAAAUACCAGGAGUACCUCCAAAGCAUGUUCUCCACGUCCUUAUUUGGAAGUAUGCAAGCACUCAACACAGAGGCUUUCGGUGCUUUGCGGAUUCAGCCGACAAGUCGCAUGGCCCUUACAUGGUCUCGUCUGUUCGGGACCAGCGCCGUCACCACCCCAGCUUCGAGCACAGCCGCGGAUCUGGAGAUGACCGCUGAGCAAGGGAAAGCGAAAGAGCUCUGGAUUGCCUAUGAACGAAUGGAGAAGAACAUUUCUCACGUUAUUGGAGGCAUCCAGGACCCUAAUGCAACAGGAAGCAAUCCUCUUCCAGCCCUAUGCCGGACCUUUGGCAUGUCGAUUUCCGCUUUAGAGAUCGCCAGCCGUGGUGUUGCGGGUGCUCAGCUGUCCACAUGCAUGAUUUCGGACUUGUCGGAGCAAUCGGUGAUUCACCUCCGCGUCCUCUCUGAGACCAUCGAGUCAUACCUCUCGAUGCACGUUGUUCGUCCGGGCUCGAGCGCAGUUGUUAAGGAGACAUAUGCCAGCCGCGUGCUGAUGCAUUGCCAGAUAUUUGGCCUCGAAGAUAUCAGCCAAGAAGAUUACGUGCCGCUUCUGCAGGAAGACAUAUUUCUCUUCAUGGUACAGUGGAUGUCUAUCAAGGCACCGAAUGUCGCUCAAGCAAGCUUGAUGAUUCAGUUAUGUUAUUGGGCAGAAAUCGUCAAAACGAUAUUUGUGUGCAAGGAGAUUGUGAAAACGACAAGCAUGACAGAUCCACUCUUUGCCUCGCUGAGAGGUAAGACUUCCAAAAAUCGAGAAAACUUCCGCCUCGCAUUGCUGGGCAUGGACUUUGAGGACAGGCGGUUCGAAAACAUCCCAUGGAUUGAUGAACAAGUCAGCACACUCUAUCACCUGGUCGAGAAAUACGCACUGCCGUUUCUCCGGAAAAGCCUCAUCCUGAUGUACAUUCGAUACGGACUGGAGUUCAAGUGCCCUUACGACAUUGAUCCAGAAGCCUCGGAGCUAUAUCGCUUGACCAAGCUGUUGCACAUCGCCACAAUCGACGACCUCUGCGGCAUUUACAUCUCAUCCACCGCUGGAGAGCGACUACAGAAUAUCACAAGCACAUGGCUUUCACAUGCUCAAAUUCUCAAGAGCCUCAACCAAGAUGAUCGGCGGGUCAUUUCGCUUGCGCAUCCCACAAUCCUUGAACUCGUCGGCCUCCCUAAGAACUAUGACACGCUGACUGAAGAAGUUGCACGACGAAAAUGUCCGACCACCGGCAAAGAGAUCUCUGAUCCGGCGGUCUGCUUGAUGUGCGGCGAGAUCUUUUGCUCGCAGGCCGUAUGCUGUACAGUGCGGCGUAGCAUCAACGGCAAGGUGUGCAAGGUAGGCGGCGUGUUCCAGCACCUCGAAAAGCACGGCGAGAAGGUCGGCAUUUUCAUCAACAUUCGCAAAUGUUACGUCCUCUUUGCCCACGGUCCUGGACAGGGGGGCUUCCAUCAGGCGCCAUACUUGGACAAACAUGGCGAGCCUGAUCCGACUUUGCGCAGACAUCAUCAACUAUUCUUGAAUCAGCGCCGCUAUGACAAGCUUUUCCGUGAAGUUUGGCUAAAUCACCUCAUUCCCACGGUCAUUGCUCGUAAGCUCGAGGCUGACCACAACUAUGGAGGAUGGGAGACGCUGUGAUCAUUCAUUUUCAGGUUCUCGGAGAGUGAGAGUUAUUAUUGAGACCCCACCUUGAUAUCGCUUUCAUUUCACGAGAUCAGACAUGUCAGCUCGCUUCCGUCUUACGUCUAUGCCGCCUAUUUGGAUCUGGGCUAUGUCUGAGAGACUUUCCUAACCACAUUGUUCACCACAUUCGCUAGCAUAUGCAGGCGUGCCUAUGGAUACCUACCUAGUCAUGUCGAAUACACGACUGCAGGUGAUUUUUGGUCGAGUUUUUCAAGCUAUGUACAUUUUUAGGCGGCUUCAAUGGUAAGAAUGAGGAUAAUCGAAUGCAUCGAAAUCUGCAUUAGCUUACAUUGUGACUCUUCGUUACUUUCUCACCAUGUUGUUUUGCACUCAUGCACUGGAUGGUUUAAGCACGGACACGCACAGAACAGACC